AUGACUCUGCCAACGCAUUUCACGCUGAACACAGGAGCCAAGAUUCCAGCCAUCGGCCUGGGGACGUGGCAAUCUCAGCCUGGUGAGGUCCGCAAGGCCGUGGCCUAUGCCCUUAAGGAUGGAUACCGCCAUAUUGAUGCUGCCCUAAUACUCCUAGGAAACGAGAAUGAAGUCGGCCAAGGGAUCAAAGACAGUGGUGUGCCCCGGGAAGACAUCUUCCUGACUAGCAAACUUUGGAACACACACCAGCCCAAUGUCAAGGAAGGUCUCCAGAAGAGUCUUGACGCCCUAGGUGUCGACUAUCUUGACCUCUAUCUUAUUCACUGGCCUGUUCGACUGGUUCCGAACGAAUCCCACCCUCUUCUACCAGUCAACCCCGACGGUACCAGAUCGGUCGAUCGGUCAUGGAACCAAAGCGAAACAUGGCGACAGAUGGAGGAGGUUUACAAAUCUGGCAAGGUCAAGGCCAUUGGGCUGGCAAAUUGGUCUAUCCCCUACCUGAAGGAGCUAGAGAAAACAUGGACGGUCGUACCAGCCGUGAAUCAAGUCGAGCUACAUCCCUUCCUUCCUCAGCACGAGCUCAAGCAGUACUGUGAGAAACUGGGAAUUCUCCUUGAAGCAUACUCUCCUCUUGGAUCUACAGGUGCCCCGAUUAUGUCAGACCCAGAAAUCCAACAGGUCGCGGACAAGAACGGCGUGUCAGCCGCCACUAUUCUGAUCAGUUACCACGUUAAUAAGGGUGUUGUUGUGCUACCCAAGUCUGUGACCGAGAAGCGUAUCUCGUCCAACAGACAGGUGAUUGCGCUCCUAGAAAGCGAUUUGGCUCUGCUAGAUGGUCUGGCUGCUGGCGGGAAGGCCAAACGAAUCAACACUCCUAAAUGGGGCUUUGAUCUCGGGUUUGAUGACUGGUACGGCCCCGUAAAGUCACAAUAA